AUGGAAUUGGGUCUGGAAAAGAACGAACCACUGAGAAAUGGAGUCAAUGGUCUGAGACUUCGAAUUGAUAACAAGAUGAUUAAUAGGAGCGUGGCUGAAUGUAUGGAGUGGAUGAUGAGGCUAUUCCUCAAAAGGAAUAAGAACAGCAUACCCAAGACCGUUCUUGAUGGUCCAAAGAACUUCCUCGAUGCGCUUGUGGAAGUGGUCACGGAGUACGUGGAGACAAUCCAUAAUCUGCCGGAAGCUAGAACCAGAGGACCAGUACCAUAUGCGGUUGAAGUGGAAGAGACCCUGAAGGAAUAUGGCAACCAUAGAAGCUUGAAUGAGAAGAUUGCGAGCACAUCUGGAUGGACGGGACCAUCGUUACUGGGACACAAGAGACCUAGAAACGUCGAGCAGCAGGAUCAGAGUAAGAGACAGAGAAGUGGGCAAGAGCCAGUAGAAUAA